CCAGCACCAGAACCAGCAGAAGAUACCAGAACAGCAGACAGUAUGCAGAACGUUCGUUGUCCCGCCAUCUUGGUCCUCGUGGCGUUGGUUCUGUGCGGUCCAGGUGUUUCAUCACAGCCCGACAGAGACCAGGACCAGUACCAGAACCAGGACCUGGACGUGGAACUGCGUCACCACCGGCUGCUGCAACGAGCUCGCAGCGCCGGACUCCUGUCACAAGACUGGAGUAAACGUGCGGUGGAGGACCUGCUGGCUCAGAUGUCGCUGCCGGAGGCCGAAGCCCAGCGGGAGGCUGAGGUCGUCUCCAUGGCAACAGGCGGGAGGGUGAACCUGGAGCGGUCCGUCGACCCCGCCAACAACCUGCCGCCCCGCGAACGCAAAGCCGGCUGCAAGAACUUCUACUGGAAGGGCUACACUUCCUGUUAAAGCCCCGCCCAGCUGCCGCAUGGCGACCAAUCCCAGAUCACCUGACCUUCACCUGAGCGACUGGACGGACC